AUGUGUACAAUCCCUGUCGGUGAUGUCGAGGUGUCGUUUCCCUUUAACCCAUAUCCAGCGCAGGUUGAAUACAUGCGUGCUGUUAUCGGCACCUUGAACGGUCGUACCAACGCUUUAUUGGAGUCUCCUACAGGGACGGGCAAAACACUCUGCCUUCUCUGUUCAGUCCUUGCCUGGCUAGAGAAGAGGCAGACGAUGCAGCAUCGGGAGUGUCAAGUCGAAGGGGGUGGCAUGAUCCGAGUAAUAUAUUGCAGCCGUACGCAUGCUCAGUUGAGUCAGGUGAUUCGAGAGCUAAAACGAACACGUUAUGGUGGUGUCUUUGCUAUGGCUGUUUUAGGUUCCAGGGAACACAUGUGCGUCAACGCGCAGGUGCUUCGCCUUUCGACGGCCCAGGCGCAGCAAGGUAUGUGCAACACACUUAGGGAGGAAAAGAAUUGCCGAUUCUAUCGAGACUAUCAGGCCCGGAGCAGCCACAACGCAGUCAUGGAGGACGAAAAUUGGAUACAUGACAUGGAAGAUUUGGUGUCAAACGGUCGAAAAUGCGGUUUCUGCCCGUAUUAUUCGGAGAGAGAACAUGCAAAAAGGGCACACGUUGUGUUUCUGCCAUACAACUACGUGUUUGACGGCUCUAUCCGCAAGCAGCUUCCAUUUGAGGUAAAAGGAUCUAUUUUGAUAGUGGAUGAGGCACACAACUUGCCUUCUGUUCUGGCGACCUCGUCGUGCGUGAAUCUUCUGCCCCUUGAACUGACAAAUGCCAUUCAUGACUGCUCAAGAGCCAUCGCAAUGCGGCGGCUCUUGCGGGAGUCUUCCCCCGCGGAUGAUGACCCUGAGGAUAGCUUAAUGGAGGAGCAGGAGUUUGCCUCUUUGAAAAUUGUUUUGUGCCGCCUGGAAUCUUGCAUUCUUGAGGAAGGUGGAAGUGAUGAAAAGAAGAAGGUGACGUCUCGCCCUGAAGCUACUGACGCCUCGCUGGUGACUGAAAUUGUGCAAGAAGGUUCUUACAUGAUUCCAUUUCUGGAGAAGGCACUCAUCACGAGGGAUUUGUUUUUCGGCAGUAACAAUCCUCGACAGGGUGGUUGCAUAAAUGACGUCAUUACAAAGGCCAUCGCUGUGUUGGCGCAAAGUGAAAGUGCCGCAUCGGGCCUUUCAAAGGUUCAGCAAUUCCUGACGUUUGUGUUUGAGCGAUGUGAAGACGGCGACGAUGAAGCCUGUCGAUUUGUUUUGCAGGGGACCAAAGCUACUGACCGGGGCUCCAGCCAACGAUCACUUGGGUACUGGUGUCUUGAUAAUUCGCGCACAGUGCAAACGCUCGUGACUGGGCUUCGUUCGCUGCUUCUUACGAGCGGGACGCUUUCACCCCUGGAACACUUUGCCGCGGAACUUGGGGUAGAUUUUGGUGUUGUUCUCAAGGGCGCACACGUCAUUCAACAGAAUCAGGUUGUUGGGUGCGUGCUAUGCAAAGGGCCUAGUGGUGAAAGACUGAAUGGCAGUUAUGCGUACCGUAAUAGUGUUGAUUAUCGUGUGGGUUUGGGUAUGUCACUAGUGAACAUAUCACGCAACACACCGGGAGGUGUUCUUGUGUUUUUCCCAAGCUAUGUGGCAUUGAAUGCCGCAGUUGAGUUGUGGCGUGCUGGUAGCGGUCGUCUUAGCGACACGCUGACGGUAUGGGGAAUGAUGGAGGAGCUGAAACCAGUCUUUGUGGAACCGGUGGAGGCGUCCAAUCUUCAGACGAUUGUUUCAAGUUUUCAGCGCGAGGUGGACGCUGCCCCAUCGCGUGGCGCCAUUUUACUAGCGGUAUGUCGUGGAAAAAUCAGCGAGGGCAUUGAUUUUGCGGACAAUCACGGUCGGUGUGUGGUGGUGGCAGGGAUACCAUUUGCAAACCACACGGAACUGUUUGUACGCCUCAAGCGGACGUACCUGACGCAGGUGGCACCACAUCGGCCAAAGGUGCGUGGAAAACUCUUUACAGGUGAUGACUGGUAUAUUAACGAGGCGUUGCGUGCUGUUAAUCAGUGCGUCGGCCGCGUCAUCCGCCACAAGGACGACUAUGGCGUGGUUUUGCUUGCGGAUGAGCGUUUCGCUGAACGACUGGAUGGGCUUUCGGAAUGGGUGGCGGAUCGAUGCGCCAUUCAUCGCGAGUUCCGUGAGGCGUACGCGGCAGUGGCACAGUUUUUUGCGCCGUUUCGACGUCGCGCAGGUGACGUUGUGAGCCUUACUUCCUCCUCUUCUGCUGUGCGUAGCGCCUGUGGCGCGCAGACCGAUGCUCGACGUGUUUCUCCAAAGAAGGAACGAGUUCCAGAUUCAGCCGAGAUGGCAACGCGGUUUGCUGCCGAGCAACUUCGUCAGGCGAAGGCUGAAGAGGGAGAGCAGGUGCGACGUCGCAUUGCGGACGCGAAGGAAUCGCCUACAACGCAUUGCCGUGCGCCAGCCACGAAUGGAGUAGUCUUGAAUGAAGGAGGUGUGGGUGGAGAAUGUGGUGGGAAUGAAGCCCCUGCAAAGACGGUGACGACUGCAGCAGCGGCUGCGCCGACGGUUGCGCGGCCGCUGUUCAGGAAGCAGGUGUUACCCGUGUUGCCGUUUUCUGACACGGCGGUGGCGUCGAUGUCACUGGUGGGGACCACCUCAAAGGAAUUUUGUCAGUUUUUGAAGCGGCAGCUGCAGCCUGCCAGUUACGACAAAUUCCGGGAGUAUUUAGGGCAAAUUGCCGCCACUCGCAACAAUUCUACGCUCUCAAGCGAUGAAAUGAAGCGAACCAUUUCCGGUGCAGUGGAGGGUGUCGCAGUGCUUUUCAAGGAAGCCGCUGGGGAGCGAGAUGCGGAGUUGCUGAACGCGUUUGGCCAGCACAUCCCGGCCGAGUUCCGGCCCUAUUACAUGCAUUUGCUUCGAAAACGCCGUCGGAACUCCGGGUGA